AUGGCACCCGCUGUUCUCCUCCCCUCCGUCCUGACGGAGAAUGGCCAUUCUCUUCCCCUCUACUCCGACGGCGUCCAAAAAGCAGCCCAACAAGUGGACUACCGCGGCUACGACCACGUCACCUGGUGGGUGGGCAACGCAAAGCAAGUCGCCCAAUACUACGUGACGCGCAUGGGGUUCCACCCCGUCGCCUACCGCGGCCUGGAAACCGGCUCGCGCCACAUCGCCAGCCAUGUUGUAAAAAACGGCAACGUCUGCUUCGUCUUCACCUCCCCCGUGCGCUCUUCCACCCGUCAGACAGCCGUCCGCGCUGCCCCGAAGGAGCAGAAACUGCUCGAUGAAAUCUACGACCACCUCGACAAGCACGGCGACGGCGUGAAAGACGUCGCCUUCGAAGUGGACGACGUGCGCUCGCUGUACGAAAGCGCGGUGCAAAACGGCGCGCAAUCCGUCAUGCUUCCCCAAGAGGAAUCCAGCGACGAAGGCAGCAUCAUCAAAGCCUCCAUCCGCACGUACGGCGACACAACCCACACCUUCAUCCAGCGCACCUCCUACCGCGGCGCUUUCCUCCCCGGCUACCGGGCCUGGAGCACGCCCAACGACCCCAUCAACGCCUUCCUCCCCGCCGUCGACCUCGAGGCCAUUGACCACUGCGUCGGCAACCAGGAUUGGGAGCAGAUGGAGGCGGCGUGCGAUUUUUACGAGCAGUGCUUGGGUUUCCAUCGUUUCUGGUCUGUCGACGAUAAUGAUAUCUGCACCGAGUUUUCCGCGCUCAAGUCGAUCGUCAUGGCGUCGCCGAAUGAAGUCGUCAAGAUGCCCAUCAACGAGCCGGCGCACGGCAAGAAGAAGAGCCAGAUUGAGGAGUACGUCGAGUUUUACAACGGCGCCGGCGUGCAGCAUAUCGCCCUCCGCACCCCCGACAUCAUCUCCGCCGUCACCAACCUCCGCGCCCGCGGCGUCGAAUUCAUCUCCGUCCCCGACACAUACUACACCUCCAUGUCGGCGCGCCUAGCGGAAGCCGGGCUCCAACUCAACGAGUCCUUCACCACCAUCCGCGACCUCAACAUCCUCAUCGACUUCGACGAGGGCGGGUACUUGCUGCAGCUCUUCACGAAGCCGCUGAUGGAUCGGCCGACGGUGUUUAUUGAGAUUAUCCAGCGGAAUAAUUUCGAUGGGUUUGGCGCGGGGAAUUUCAAGAGUUUGUUUGAGGCGAUUGAGAGGGAGCAGGAGGCGAGGGGGAAUUUGUAG